AUGCACGGAACGAACCCAUACGCCCAGGCCGGCUGGUACAACCCUCAGAAUCCCCAUACCAUUAACAACCAUCCCUGGGGCUCCAGCGGCAAUGGCAACCCAGGGCCCUCCAUCUUUGGAGCUCUCCCAUAUGCCAACCAGGGCCAAGUUCCAACAGUACUAACGUUCCACUACGUCUGCCUCAACCCAGACGUUCUUAAUUGCACGAUCACUGGCCCUACUUCUAUCCCCUACUUGGAAGUUGCUACUGUGAUGCGAAAUAACAUCUCUACGACUGUUUUCAGGAAGUCAGAUGGUCGCGUCUUGGCGUCUAUCGAGUGGACGCGGGCACCAACUGUAGAGAUUGCAGGCCAGACGCUCUCCAAGCGCCUCGUUUCCCAGUGGAUGCGGUCAUCUCCGGAUAGAAGCCAGCGAGGGAUGAACGUUAAUGGCAGAGACUUCAUUUGGGUCAGUAUGCCGACGGGAACAUGUGUCUUCGCACAUGGCGAUACCAAGAAUGCACUUGUCAAGUUGCACCGAGGCCCGCAAGUCAUCACUUUGGAGUUAACUACUGAGGCAUUCAAUGCCGGCCUGCUGGAGGCAUCCAUCGUUGCCACGGUCCUCAUCCACUCUGGUCGGAACUUCGAUUAA